GGAUUGCGGGAUGUAGAGAUAGAGAAAUCCUUUGACGGGUUUGAGAAGCUGAGCUGAGCGGCGGGAGGCUGAGCGAAUCGUCGUGCGAUUCGAGCGCUAGGGAGCGUGCGAGCGAGGUAGCUAGAAUUUUGAGAAUUCGAAUCGGUAAGAAGGAGGAGGAAGAGGAAGAGUCGUUGAGGUGUGUGAGCGAUUUCAGUUUCUAGAGAGAGAGCUUCGAUAUAAGAUCGGGAGAGGGCAAAAGGAAGUAAGGGAAAGAGAGGAAUUGGUGAGAGGCCUGCGCGAUUUUCCUAUAAACUCCACUGCAGAGCACGAUUCCUUAACUUGACCGUCUUCAAUAUGUCUGAGAGAAAGCUUGUUGUUUUGGGUAUCCCGUGGGAAGUGGAUACAGAAGGUUUGAGGGAAUAUAUGACCAAAUUUGGGGAAUUGGAGGACUGUAUAGUCAUGAAGGAGAGGUCUACUGGGCGAUCUCGUGGGUUUGGCUAUGUGACCUUUGUAACUGUUGAGGAUGCUAAGGCUGCGUUGUCAAGCGAGCAUUUCCUUGGUAACAGAAUGCUGGAAGUAAAAAUAGCCACUCCGAAGGAGGAGAUGAGAGCUCCGUCCAAGAAAGUAACACGGAUUUUUGUGGCAAGAAUUUCUCCAUCUGUCUCAGAAGCAGCAUUCAGAAGUUAUUUUGAGAAAUAUGGUGACAUAACAGAUCUCUACAUGCCCAAGGAUCCAAGCACCAAAUCACAUCGUGGAAUCGGAUUUGUCACUUUUGCUAAUGCUGAAUCUGUGGAUGAUCUCAUGGCUGAGACCCAUGAACUGGGGGGUUCUACAAUAGUUGUUGACCGAGCCACACCAAAGGAGGACGAAUUCAGGCCAGUUAGCCGAGUGCCUCAGGGUGGAUAUGGUGCAUAUAAUGCUUACAUCAGUGCAGCAACCAGAUAUGCUGCACUGGGUGCUCCCACCUUAUAUGAUCAUCCGGGUUCUAUGUAUGGAAGAGGAGGCCCAGGAGGCCCCCCUCGUGGGAUGGGUAAAAAGAUAUUUGUGGGAAGGCUUCCUCAGGAGGCAAGUGCUGAAGAUCUUCGUCAGUACUUUGGUAGAUUCGGCCGUAUAUUAGAUGUCUAUGUUCCAAAGGAUCCCAAAAGGACAGGCCACAGGGGGUUUGGUUUUGUAACCUUUGCUGAAGACGGUGUUGCAGAUCGUGUGUCUCGAAGGCCCCAUGAGAUAUGUGGACAACAGGUUGCAAUAGAUUCAGCUACUCCCAUUGACGAUGCCGGUCCAAGUAGUAAUUACAUGAUGGAUAAUCCUGAACCAUAUGCAGGUUAUGGCGGUCCUAUGCGUUCGUACGGUAGGAUGUAUGGAGGGAUGGACUUUGAUGACUGGGGGUACGGAAUGGGUGCUGGAAGACAUUCCAGAGCAGAUUUUAGGUAUAGGCCUUAUUAGUUGUCCGAGGCAUAAAUGCUGCUGCAUCUAGAAUGGACCUAGAUAACUAGUAAUGUUCGCCUUUACAAAUACCCAGUGAUGGCUCAAGUAGGACAGCUUUUGUUCGAAACAUUUAUAUGCCAAUUUGUCGUUGAAACACUCGUUAAUUGGUUAUGUUAUCUGUGGUUGGAUGUCAUUUAAGCUGACUUUAUUUCUAUUGGCAGGACUGAUUAAUGUAACUUGUACCGUUAUUUGUUUUGCCAAAACUACUGCCUUUCCAUUUGGGAAAAUGGCAAAUUUUGUACCUAAA